GGCGUACGUCCCUCCCAAACAGGCGGAGCGUCAAGUGCGUCAGAUGCGUCGCCGAGAGAAAAUGUCAACAACAUGCCGGAGUCUUCCAGAGAAACAGAAACUGAGGAAGCGCCGAAAGACAGACAACAAAGAGAGCAAGGAGGCCAUUCGUCUCACAACAUCGUGUCUUUAAUAUCACAGUUCGCAGAUGAUAAUUUAACACUUGUGCGGAAUAUAAGCACUGGAUUGGCAGUUGCUGGUGUCAUUGUCAUUGCAAGGAGUAUUAAACUGAUCACCAAAUUCCAAACUGUGUCUGAGAUCCCUGCUCGUUUUAUUGAGAGGAACGUCAGCCUUCGUGGGAAAGUUUGUUCAGUCACAGAGAGUGUGCUCCAAGUGGAACAUGUCCCGAUAUAUCUCCCGGUACUCUCUCCAUUACUUUCCAAACACAAAGGUGUACACCCGUCUUCCAUGCUGGUACAUCUUGCAGGAGUGGAGCUGACUCCAGAGGGCAGGGAAUGGCUGCAGAAGAACCUGACUCCUGCACAGACAGUCUGGCUAAAACUCAUCAGCCGAGAGAAUGAGGCUCUACACUGUCUGGUGUCUCAAAGCAAACAGGGGUCAGUGUGGAGCUACUGUAUGAAUGAAGAGGUCCUCAGACUCGGCCUGGCUCGCACUGCGCCUAUUGUCGGAGUCCUGCCGGACUCUCGACUCUACUGGCGUCUCCACAAACGGUUGCACAGAGCAGAGGUCAAAGCUGAGAAGAAGGGGAGGGGACUGUGGAAGCAGGACAGCCCAUGGGAGAGGGUCUCCAAGGCCGUCAGGGACAGCGCUUUCUUCAGACUGAUGGGGAGGAUCUUUAGGAGGAGUUGAUGCAAUAAGUGACAAAGACAAUUGUUGAUCUCUUUAAUAAUCCAAAUGUGAUAUGCACAAUUUAUUUUGUUUUUACCUUUUUCAUGUUAAUGCCAAAAAGUUAAAAAGUCUUACUAUGGUUUCUAAAAGUGACACCUAUCACUUGUCUGUCUUGUUUGACAGAUACGGUACUUAACGUUAAAAACACCAACAUAUUUUCUUUACAUUCCUCAGUUUAUUUGUUGCAAAUGUUUAUCAUUCAUUGGUGCUUUAUUUCAAAGUCUGUAAGUUUGAAAUAAUUAAAAAAAUCCACCUCAGACCUCAAGUCUGAACCUUCA